AUGGUCACAGCUAUGAAUGUUUCCCACGAAGUGGGGCAACUGUUCCAGCCCUAUAACUUCGAGAUGUUCCAGGAUUUAAGGCCCUUUUUAGAAGAAUACUGGACAACCUCAUUCUUCAUAGUUCUGAUAUACCUGCUGCUCAUUGUUGUGGGGCAGAACUACAUGAAGGAUCGGAAAGGCUUCAACCUGCAGGGACCUCUCAUCCUCUGGUCCUUCUGCCUUGCAAUCUUCAGUAUCUUGGGGGCAGUGAGAACAUGGGGCUAUAUGGGGACUGUGCUACUUAGGGGGGGCCUGAAGCAAACUGUGUGCUUCACCAACUACAUUGAAAAUGCCACAAUCAGAUUCUGGUCCUGUGUCUUUCUUCUCAGCAAGAUCAUUGAACUCGGAGACACAGCCUUCAUCAUCCUGCGCAAGCGACCACUCAUCUUUGUGCACUGGUACCACCACAGCACAGUGCUACUAUUCACAAGCUUUGGAUACAAGAACAAAGUACCUUCAGGUGGUUGGUUCAUGACCAUGAACUUCGGUGUACAUGCCAUUAUGUACACUUAUUACACUCUGAAGGCUGCCAAAGUGAAGUGCCCCAGGAUGCUUUCAAUGCUCAUCACCAGCCUGCAGAUCCUGCAGAUGUUUAUAGGAGCCAUCAUUGGCAUCCUGACUUUCAUCUGGAGGCAGGAACAAGGGUGCUACAUCACAGUGGAAGAAUUCGCCUGGUCCUUUGUCUUGUAUGCCACCUAUUUCAUCAUCUUUGCCCACUUCUUCCGACAAACCUACUUCAGGCCCAAGGUCAAAGCCAUGGCCAAAAGUCAGUGA